GAUUUAUCAGAUUCCUCCCAUGUGCCUUAUUCUGGCUAUCCCGGCUCGCCACGCGACUUAAUCACCAUGACGAAGUUGACGAGCAGCGGACACAACUGCGUUUCAAGAAAAGAAGGAGCUACUUUGGAGGCAGAUGUAGUUCCUAUUGUAAGCCAGCAAAUAAAGAAUCUUCUUCCCUCGUCGAAACUGGCCAAGAAAAACAAGGUCGGCCAAGAAAAACAAAGUACUUCUUGUGACACUC